GAUUUGGAAAGUUAUCAAAAACUAUUGGAAAAAGAUUUACAAUUGACAGAACAGUGCGUGAGAGUAAAUCCAAAAUCCUAUGGUAGUUGGCAUCUUAGAAUAUGGAUCUUGGACAAUUUACCCAAACCUGAUUGGAACAAAGAGUUAAACCUUUGCACAAAAUAUCUUCAAUUAGACGAAAGAAAUUUUCACUGUUGGGAUUAUCGUAGGAUGGUCACAGAAAGAUCAAAUGUUUCUCAUUUAUCUGAAUAUGAAUUCACUCUAACAUGA